UUAUUAUUGUCGUACGUGAUCUAUACCGAGAACCUGGCGAUUCCCUACAUCGCGGCUGGAAACAAUUUAAACCUGCCCGUUAUCGGCCGAAUUUUACGCGGUGGCGGCGCAUUCUUUAUUCGCCGCAGCUUCAAGGAUAACCCGCUUUAUGGCGCAGUGAUACGCGCCUACGUCGAGCAGCUUAUUUCGUUGGGCGUGCCGAUGGAAUACUUCAUCGAAGGUGGCCGAAGUCGCACCGGACGUUUGCUCAAACCCAAGCUCGGUAUGCUCGACAUGACCGUCGACGCCUAUAUGAAAACGCAAAGCCGGCCAUUGGCGUUUAUUCCGGUCUAUAUCGGCUACGAAAAACUGAUUGAAGGCCGCUCGUAUAUUG